AUGAUAGAGUAUUGUUGUAAUAUAAAGAUAAGCAAAGAUGAUGGUUUGCCGGAACAAGUAUGCAGUAACUGUAUUUAUAAGAUGGGUAUUGCUUACCAUUUCAAACAAACUUGCGAAAGCGCUGAUAUAAGACUGAGACAAUAUUUAGGACUGAGAAUUCCAAGCAAGUACAAUGAUGCUUGUAUAGCAACUGAUCCAUUUGUGCCCACACAUACAACAAUAAUAAAGAAAUGCAAAUGCAAACAACAGGAACCAAAGAGACAAACUAAUUAUAAGAAGAAAUCUGAGUCUGAGAAAAUGAAAAGAGGUCCCAAACCAAAGCCUAAACAAGACCACCAAUGUUAUCAGUGUGAUAAGCAGUUCCGAUGUCAGGCACAACUAGAGAUGCAUGUUAGGACCCAUACAGGAGAUAAACCCUUUGUGUGCAUGUAUUGUCCUCGAAGAUUCACACAGAAACAUAAUCUUACCAUACAUCUCCGAAUACAUACGGGCGAGAAACCUUUUCAAUGUGAAGUAUGCAGCAAAAGGUUUUCAGCACAAGGAAACCUACAUGCCCAUUUAAAGAUUCACACUGGCCAAAGGGAUCAUGAAUGUUCAAUAUGUAAUAAGAGUUUUAUAACUUCAAGUGAGUUAACACGACAUAUGAACAAACAUAGAGGAGUUAGAAACUUUAAAUGUGAUCUCUGUGGAGCUGCCUAUGUGCAUUCUAGAGACCUUAAAUUACACAAAUUAAAAAAGCAUCAAAUAGUUCAACAAAAUACUAAGCUUCAAAAUGAAGGAUUUAACAACAGCGGCAAUAUAGAUAUUAUAGGAAUAGAUGUUGGAAAAGAGACACAAAUGAAAGACGUUGGACAUCUUAUACCACAUUUGAUUAAUGAUAAAACGGAGCAGAAUCUUCCAGUUAUUCCUGAGAAUCAGUCACUGAUGCCUUUUGAACAGAAAACUAAAGAAAUGUUUCAUCCAUAUUCCAGUAAAGUUUUUGAGGUUCACAACUGUGCUAUAUGUGGUGAAGACUUCGAUUAUGUGACUGCUUUAGCCCAACACUAUUUGCAUCAACACAAGGACCAUGAAAAUAUACACUCUAAAGUCUAUGGGCUGCCACAAUAA